AUGGUGAACCAGAUACAUCCCAUGAUAAAAUACACCGAACUGGGGCAUAUUGGCAGCGGGGGUUUUGGAGAUGUGGUCAGAGCACUCAACAAUGCCACAGGGAGAGAGGUGGCCAUAAAAAAAAUAAAUCUUCAAGGACUGAGGAGGAAGGAACUAACCAUUAAUGAAAUAAGGAUCAUGGAGAGGUGUAGGAGUCCCAAUGUUGUGAAAUAUUUAGACAGCUACCUUGUGGGCGAGGAACUCUGGCUGGUUAUGGAGUACAUGGAUGGAGGCGCUCUGAGUGAUAUCAUCUACAAGACCUGCCUGUCUGAACAUCACAUUGCAGCCAUCAGUCGGGAGUGCCUGCAAGGACUGCAUUUUCUUCACUCAAACCAUGUGAUCCAUCGAGAUGUGAAGAGCGACAACAUCCUUCUCAGAACCAACGGUUCUGUCAAGCUGACUGAUUUUGGCCUCUCUACUCAGCUCACCCCUGAGCAGAGCAGACCGUGCUUGGUAGCUGGGACUCCGUGGUGGAUGGCACCUGAAGUGGUCACAGGUCAACCAUAUGGCCCCAAAGUGGACAUAUGGUCUUUUGGAAUUGUGGGGAUUGAAAUGGUAGAAAAAGAACCUCCUUACUGGGACCAAAGUCAUACCUCGGCUCAACGCCUGAUAGCCACAGAAGGGACCCCACAGUUGCAGCAGCCCAACCAAUUCUCGCCUUGCCUGCAUGACUUCCUGAGCUGCUGCCUGCAGAGAGACGAGGAGCAGCGCUGGUCUGCCAAGGAGCUCCUGCAGGUGCCAUCCACCACGGAGUCCCAGCUACCAAGCACGGUCUGCUCUGCUCAGGGGUGCAGGAAUUGUGUCCCAGCCAAAAACAUCAAACCAUAUCGCACCCCAGAACGUGUUGACGAGUCCAAAACCGAGGAAGCAAGUACAUGGACGUGA